AUGGUGUUGGUAGAGGAGAGGGAUUCUACUUCAUUGCCGUCAUCCUGUAUAGCUAGCAAUAAAGAUGCUGUGACAGAGAUUCUACUCCGUCUACCAGCUUUAUCACUAGUACUCUUCAAAUCUGUUUCAAAAGGAUGGAAUUCUCUAAUAUCGGAUCCUUAUUUUGUUCAUACAUAUUCCCUACGGAACCGUCUUACAGUCCCUAGAAAGUUUUUGCUCCAAAUGAUGUCACAUGUUCAGUACACACAGCACCAAAUCAUAUCUCAUAAUGAAAUAGAGCUCAUGGGAUCAUCUAUAGUUGCUUCAACUGCACCUAUGCCAGCAAGGAUAGAGAUAACUCAAUCAUGCAAUGGUCUUCUAUGUGGUAAGAAAUAUAAAACAUACGACAGAAAUUAUGACUACUACAUCAUUAAUCCGUCCACGAAGUGUUGCAAAAUCCUUCCUCCAUCUCCAUUUAGAAACCCUAGUUUAACCGGGUCAGUUUGCAGUAUGAGUUUAGUUUUCGAUUCACAAAAAUCAAAAUACUAUCAAGUUGUAUGUAUCAUGAAAACUGAUUACAAGAACAAGUAUCAGAUUGAAAUAUACUCUUCUGAAACAAAAUCUUGGAGGCUGUCUGGAGAACCUUUCUCAUCAGCAAGGGAUACCUAUGAUAAGCCUGGUGUGUUUUGGAACGGUAACUUGCACUGGAUCCGUAAAUGGAUAGACUAUUCACGUUUCGAUAUCGAACAAGAAUCUCUGAAAACCAUGCCGGUGCCUCCGAGACACGAUGCUGGUGGCUGGGAUAGUAGGAUGAUUAAGAGUGAGUAUUUCGGAGAAUGCAACGGGCAUUUGUAUUUUAUUGAGAUUUAUCAUUCCUCUGCUACUCAAUUCGACAUCUUGGAGAUGGAGAGUGAUUAUUCGAGGUGGAAUGUAAGAUAUCGUGUUAAUCUUGAACAGUUGAUAAUUGCGUAUCCAAGUAUCAUCGGGAAUCAUGUUGAAGCUAAUGAAGUGUUCCACGAUCAUUACGAUUUCUCUGUAUUGCUGGUUGAUGAAGACGAAAAAUCUUCCAAGUUAGUGUUACAAAUUCCAGGCAAGACAAUAUCGUAUGAUCUAAAUGAAAUGAGUUUCAAGGGACUUUUCGAUUUACCAAACAUUCAUAGUCGGAAUAAUCCUAAGUUUAGUGCUCACCAAUAUAUGGACUCGGUUGUGUCUGUUUGA